AUAAUUCUCUUUAAAACUGCUACGAAAACUGUCCUCUCUCUCUCUCUCUUGUUAGUCUCUUUCUAAAACAAAACAGAUUCAACUUCUGCAUACUGAAUUCAGAUAUUUUGUACAUGCAAUGUUCAAAUUAUCAUUCAUUCUUGCAUUUCUUGACGAAAGCAUUCUGAAGGAUUACUUGCUGUCGAGAGUCUUCAAGUACUAGAGCUACAAGCUUUCUUUUUAUAAGAAAAAUUAUUAUCUUGUUAACAAGAGAGAGAGUGUUAUUGUUUCUCUAAGGGACUAAAAGAUGGCGGCUGCCUUUGCCGGAGAUGACUUGGCAAGGCAAAUGAGUAGUAGGAGCUGGAGGCGGUCCACGAGCAUAAGGGAAAUGUGGAAUGAGCCAGAUGUGUUCCAGAGAAGCUCAAGGCGGCCAUUACCGAUGGAUGAUGAGAAGGAGUUGCGGUGGGCAGCCAUAGAGAGGCUUCCAACUUAUGAUAGGAUGAGGAAAGGGGUACUUACACAGGUUAUGAGCAAUGGCAGGAUGGUGCAUAAUGAAGUUGACAUGACAAGGCUUGGAACUCAAGAUAAGAAGAAAUUGAUGGAUAGUAUACUUAAGGUUGUCGAGGAAGAUAACGAGAAGUUCUUGAGGAGGCUCAGGAACAGAACUGACAGAGUAGGGAUAGAGAUUCCAACAAUUGAAGUCAGAAUUCAGCAUUUUUCAGUUGAGGGAGAUGCAUAUGUUGGUAGCAGAGCACUUCCAACUUUGCUUAAUUCCACCUUGAAUGCAAUUGAGGGAGUUCUUGAAAUGAUUGGGCUUUCUCCAUCAAAGAAAAGGACAAUCAAGAUACUCCAAGAUGUUAAUGGAAUAGUAAGACCAUCAAGGAUGACACUACUUCUCGGGCCUCCUGGAUCUGGAAAAACAACUCUGUUAAAAUCACUUGCUGGGAAACUAGAUGAUGAUCUGAAGGUAACAGGGAAAGUCACCUACUGUGGUCAUGAGCUUUGGGAAUUUACACCUCAAAGGACCUGUGCUUAUAUUGGCCAGCAUGACCUUCACUGUGGUGAAAUGAGUGUUCGUGAGACACUUGAUUUCUCAGGGCGUUGCUUGGGAGUGGGAACCAGGUAUUACAUGCUGUCAGAGCUGUCAAGACGGGAGAGAGAAGCAGGUAUCAAACCAGAUCCUGAAAUUGAUGCAUUCAUGAAAAACACUUCUAUGGCAGGCCAAGCAACCAAUUUGAUUACAGACUAUGUUCUAAAGAUACUUGGAUUGGAUAUUUGUGCUGAUAUCAUGGUGGGAGAUGACAUGAGAAGGGGUAUCUCUGGCGGACAAAAGAAGCGUGUAACUACAGGAGAAAUGUUGGUAGGACCAGCAAAAGCAUUUUUCAUGGAUGAAAUAUCCACAGGGUUGGAUAGUUCCACAACUUUCCAAAUUGUUAAGUUCAUGAGACAGAUGGUUCACAUAAUGGAUGUUACUAUGGUCAUCUCUCUCUUGCAGCCUGCACCUGAAACAUUUGAUCUCUUUGAUGAUGUUAUCCUACUUUCCGAAGGCCAGAUUGUCUACCAAGGUCCACGUGAGAACAUUCUUGAAUUCUUCAAAUACGUGGGUUUUAAAUGUCCUGAAAGGAAAGGUAUUGCUGACUUCCUGCAAGAAGUAACUUCCAAGAAGGACCAACAACAAUAUUGGUUCAGAAAAAAUCAACCUUACAGAUACAUAUCAGUACCAGAGUUUGUAAGAGCCUUCAAAAUCUUUUAUGUUGGCCAGCAGCUUUCAGCAGAUCUCAGAGUUCCCUUUGAUAAAUACAGAACACAUCCUGCUGCUUUGGUGAAAGAAAAGUAUGGCAUCUCCAAUUGGGAACUGUUCAAGGCAGGGUUUGCAAAAGAAUGGCUACUGAUGAAGCGAAACUCUUUUGUUUACAUAUUUAAAACUACCCAGAUAACAAUCAUGGCUAUAAUUGCAUUGACUGUGUUCUUUAGAACAGAGAUGAAAUAUGGCCAAAUUGCUGAUGGAGGAAAGUUUUUUGGAGCACUGUUUUUUAGUCUUAUUAAUGUCAUGUUUAAUGGGAUGGCAGAGCUUGCAAUGACUGUUUUUAGGCUUCCUGUGUUCUACAAGCAGAGAGAUUUCUUAUUUUAUCCAGCAUGGUCUUUUGGAUUGCCUAUUUGGCUCCUCAGAAUUCCUAUCUCACUGAUGGAAUCUGGUAUUUGGAUCAUCCUUACAUAUUACACCAUUGGCUUUGCCCCUGCUAUCAGUAGAUUCUUCAAACAGUUCUUGGCUUUUGUUGGCAUACAUCAAACAGCUCUCUCUCUUUUUCGUAUGAUAGCAGCUCUUGGAAGAAUUGAAGUAGUUGCAAAUACACUUGGUUCCUUUACCUUGCUGUUGGUUUUUGUGCUUGGAGGCUACAUUGUUUCAAAAAAUGACAUAUCAUCAUGGAUUAUAUGGGGUUACUAUAUUUCUCCUAUGAUGUAUGGGCAAAAUGCCAUUGCAAUCAAUGAGUUCCUUGACAGAAGAUGGAGCACACCAACUGGCAAUCCUACCGAGCCUACAGUUGGAAUUGCCCUUCUUAAGGAGAGAGGCCUGUUCACUACUGAGAAGGCAUUUUGGAUUUGUAUUGGAGCACUUUUUGCAUUUUCUAUUCUUUUCAAUAUUCUCUUCAUUGUAGCAUUGACAUAUUUAAGUCCUUUUGGUGAUAACAAGGCUGUAAUUGUUGAUGAUGACUCUGACAAAAAUGCUACGCGGCAUUUGGCAUCUAAUCAAGAAGGAAUUGACAUGGCAGUGAGAAAUGCUCGAGGGGGUAUUAACUCAAAUAUUAGCAGAAUUAAUCAAGCUAGAAAGGGAAUGGUCUUGCCUUUCCUACCCCUUUCACUUGCUUUCAACCAUGUGAAUUAUUAUGUGGAUAUGCCUGCAGAAAUGAAGAACCAAGGAGUUGAAGAGAGCAGGUUGCAACUUCUGCGAGAUGUUAGCGGUGCUUUUAGGCCUGGUAUUCUAACAGCAUUAGUAGGUGUGAGUGGUGCUGGGAAGACGACUCUAAUGGAUGUCUUAGCAGGAAGGAAGACAGGUGGAUAUAUUGAAGGAAGCAUAAACAUUUCUGGUUAUCCAAAGAACCAAGCAACAUUUGCAAGGGUCAGCGGUUAUUGUGAACAAAAUGACAUCCAUUCACCAUAUGUAACAGUUUAUGAAUCUCUCUUAUAUUCUGCCUGGCUUCGACUUUCUGCUGAUGUAAAUAAAGCAACACGAAAGAUGUUUGUUGAGGAAGUAAUGGAGUUGGUUGAACUUAACUCCUUAAAGAAUGCUCUAGUUGGUCUUCCUGGAGUUGAUGGUCUUUCAACUGAGCAGAGGAAGAGACUGACUAUAGCUGUAGAGUUGGUUGCUAAUCCAUCAAUUAUCUUUAUGGAUGAGCCCACAUCUGGUCUUGAUGCUAGAGCUGCAGCAAUCGUUAUGCGUACAGUAAGGAAUACAGUGGACACAGGACGAACUGUUGUUUGUACAAUUCACCAACCAAGCAUUGAUAUCUUUGAAGCUUUUGAUGAGCUGUUACUGAUGAAAAGAGGAGGACAAGUGAUAUAUGCUGGACCACUUGGUCGACAUUCUCACAAGCUUGUGGAAUACUUUGAGGGUGUUCCAGGGGUUCCCAAGAUCAAGGAAGGUUAUAAUCCUGCUACCUGGAUGUUAGAGGUGAGCUCUACUUCGGUAGAGGCUCAACUGGACGUUGAUUUUGCAGAAAUCUAUGCAAACUCUGAUCUCUUUAGGAGAAACCAAGAACUCAUCAAAGAACUUAGCACUCCACAACCAGGUUCCGGGGAUCUUUAUUUCCCCACUCAAUAUUCCCAGAGCUUUAUAAUUCAAUGCAAAGCUUGUUUCUGGAAACAACACUGGUCAUACUGGCGGAACUCUCGAUACAAUGCCAUUCGGUUCUUCAUGACAACUAUGAUUGGAGUAAUUUUUGGUGUUAUCUUCUGGAAUAAAGGAGGCCAGAUACAAACACGACAGGAACUGACCAAUCUGCUUGGAGCUACCUAUGCUGCUAUUCUUUUCCUUGGAGGCAGCAAUGCUUCUGCUGUGCAAUCUGUUGUGGCAGUAGAAAGAACAGUUUUCUAUCGUGAAAGAGCAGCAGGGAUGUAUUCAGAGUUGCCUUAUGCUUUUGCUCAGGUGGCUAUAGAGACCAUUUAUGUUGCAAUUCAAACCUUUAUUUAUACUCUUCUUUUGUACUCAAUGAUUGGAUAUGAGUGGGAAGUGGACAAAUUCUUCUAUUUCUACUACUUCAUCUUCAUGUGCUUUACCUACUUCUCAAUGUAUGGAAUGAUGGUUGUUGCCCUCACUCCUGGCCAUCAAAUUGCAGCAAUUGUUAUGUCCUUCUUCCUGAGCUUCUGGAACUUGUUCUCUGGUUUCCUCAUCCCCCGGCCACUUAUCCCUAUAUGGUGGAGAUGGUAUUACUGGGCAUCUCCAGUUGCUUGGACAAUAUACGGAAUUUUUGCAUCUCAAUUUGGUGACAAGAAAUCUGUUCUUGAGAUUCCUGAUGAACCAUCAACAACUGUGGAUUUAUUCCUAAAGAAUGGUUUUGGUUAUGAUCAUGACUUCCUUGUAGCUGUAGUGAUUGCCCAUAUUGGUUGGGUCCUCCUUUUCUUCUUUGUCUUUGCAUAUGGCAUCAAGUUUCUUAACUUUCAAAGGCGAUGAGAAGAGCUUUUAGAAUGUGAAAAUUUAUAGGCUCUCCCUCUCUCUUACCACUGGCAACUCAAGCGGAGAAAUUAUAGAAUGCAAAUCUUAGUUGGUAUGGCAAACCAUUUGUAUCUUGACACGUGUAUUAAAAUAGUAGAAAGUGGAUUAAUUUUUAUUU